AUGGAGCCUUCAAAACGACCGACUCAUGCUCACGGUAUUAAUGAUAAUGCGAGCGCACCAACCCCCGCGAAACGCCAUCGAAUAUCGCUAGCUUGCCAUGCAUGCCGCACACGAAAAUCAAAGUGCGACGGGUCUCGUCCUAAGUGUGCCGCGUGCACUCAUCUGGAAUUGGAAUGCAUCUACACCCCAUCCAACACAUCAACCAACGUCAUUGUUCAAAAAGACUAUCUGCAGAGUUUAGAGUCUCGGAUGAUUUCUUUGGAAGAGAGUCUGCACGUCGUCAAGAAUCACAUGAGUGAAUUGUCUUAUCGAGUGGAUGGCAAUAUUGAUGUCAAUAACAGGCUCGAUGCAGCACCAGAACCAGCUCAGAGAGCAGCCUUAGCCACAAUUGCGGACAUUGAGGAUCCCGUGGAUGCGAUGGGCACUGUGGUUUUUGCUGAUGAAGAAGACUGCGGGUAUUUUGGGCCAUCAUCAAAUAUCGCCUUCUUACGUCAUUUGUCUCAUGCAGUAUCAUAUAACUCCAGCUCUCCAAUGGUGGCCAGAGAUUCUCCCGCCAUCGGAAAGGUCUCAUUGGAUGGCGGCUUUAUCAAUGCAUCUCGCCCUUCGUCUUCGCGGCCAGGCGGUAUUGAUCUCACAUCUGCAAAUCAACAAGAAACGGACAUUUUCGCGCUUCCACCUCCCCAAGAAACUUCUCGACUUGUGUUCCAAUACUUUAAUGAUUCAGGCCUACUUUUCCCCUACAUUUAUCCUCCUUCCUUCCUGGAAACAUAUCGGAGUAUGACCGAAAAUAGUUGCAAGGUUCGAAGAACCUGGCUCGGACUUCUCAACAUGAUGCUUGCGAUGGCCAAUAUCACCGCUGCGCCUAAUGGAGAGCCAGCAAAACAGCGCAUUGCCGCCGCCGAUGUGUUUUAUAAGCGAGCUUUGAACUUAUGUGGUAACGAGAUGUUGCGGGGAACCACAUUAGAAGUGGUGCAAUAUUUGUUGCUCAUGGGUCAAUACAUGCAGGGCACCCAGAAAUCGGUCCAAGCGUGGACUGUUCAUGGGUUGGCUGUUAAAGCCGCCCUUCAGCUUGGCCUUCAUUCUAAAGAUGCUUCAGCGGUCUUUUCACCACAAGAAAAAGAAAUACGCAAGAGGACUUGGUUUGCAUGUGUGGUAUUGGACAGAACUUUGAGCAUGACCCUAGGAAGGCCACCGGCAAUACCUGACAGUUUUGUAAGGCUUGAACUUCCAACAAACAACAUCAAUGGCGAUAGCGAUGGUCCCACGCCUAUAACGAUCGUGGACAGCAAAACUUUCCAAAUGAGCUUGGACUUCUUUAACUCCACAAUUCUGCUAUAUAAGCAGCUUUUCGUCAUUGUUGAUCUACUUUAUGGUCAAAAUCUCGGCUGUGAUCCACCACUCACAGUCAGUCAAGGUGUUGGACACAUUCUUUCAGUCGAGCAGCAAUUUGUUGCCUGGGAAAGAUCACUUCCCCAGAAUAUCAACAUUAUAACAGUAGAUCGAAUUCGUGAAGCGAAUGGCGACAUGCCCGAUCUGCCACAAUUCUACUCUUUGAAAUUCAGUGUCAUUCUUACACUUCGAUACCUUCAUCUCCGCAUCCUCCUGCAUCGACCUAUUCUUGUAAAGUUUAUUGAUGCUUGUGGGAAAGGAGGUAUUGACGCUCACGAAGAAAGCUUACUACAACAGAUUGGGUCUAACAGCAUGCAAAUUUGCAUGGAAUGUGCCAUAAGUAUUAUCGAUAUCAUUCAUGAGGUGGUGCACUCAUCUGGGUGGCAAAAAGGUCUUCAGGGUGCAUGGUGGUUUUCUCUACAUUACACAUUCCACUCGGCCUUAAUUAUUCUUGGAACGAUCUGGGUCGUCAGAGAUGGCUCGCCUGCCAGAGCAUCCCUGUCUUAUGAUCUUGAUAGACUUCAUAUCUAUCCCAGCCAAGCCGUGGCAGCACUGUACAAACUAGAUUCCGGCAACCAUAUUGUGGACCGGUGCCGAUAUUAUCUCGAACAGUUCAGCGAUGCGGUAAACCCUAGAGGGGAGGCAGGCUUGGCCAAUAUUGGAAUCGGCAGUCAUCCUGUGGGCAUCUCCGGGUCGAACGCGAAUACUUCGCCCCUCGGGCUGGAGUUUGGCGAAUUUAUGAUGGAUAAGGAUCUUUGGACUUUGAUAAAUCGGUCGGAAUUUUUACCAAGCGAGUAA